UAAGCAGUCGCGGGAUAAGCAGUCGGGGCAACAAACCAUCCGAUCAGCCAUUAAUAAUAUUGAAGAUGGCUAUAAAUACUGUGCUUGCUGGAUGAAAGAAAAAGAACAAGACAAAAAAGCAAUAAUCCAAAAUGACUUCUCGAUUCACCUCGAUCAACAAACUGGCCGGAACCCGCGUGCUCAUCGUGGGAGGCACAUCAGGCAUUGGAUUCGGAGUCGCCCGGGCAGCUCUGGAACACGGCGCAUCCAUCAUCAUCGCCAGUUCGCAGUCGACCAAGGUAGAGGCAGCACUUUCCAGACUACGCGAGACAUACCCAGAAGAAGAGUACACGAACCGGAUAGCAGGGUUUACAUGCGAUCUGGGCAACGAGGAAACAGUCGAAGCAAACGCAGUGCAACUACUCAAGAACGCAACAUCACCAAACAUCUUCCCAUCCACAACCUCAUCAUCACCAUCAUCAGAUAUAAUCCCCCUCGACCACAUCGUCUACACAGCCGGCGACGUCCCGGAAGCCCACCCCCUCACGUCCCCCGCGUUGAACGUCGCCUACAUCCACAAAAACAGCACCACCCGAUUCCUAGGCGCGCUCUUCCUCGCCAAACACAGCAUCCCCACCUACCUAUCCCCAUCUUCAACCUCCUCGAUAACCUUCACCUCGGGGACAAGCGCCACCAAGCCGAUAAAGGGGUUGGCCGUGCCCGCCGCGAUGCUGGCAGCGGUGGAGGGGCUUACGCGCGGACUGGCGGUGGAUUUGGCGCCGGUGAGGGUGAAUGCUGUUUCGCCAGGUGCGGUGAUGACGGAGUUGUUGGAGAGGUUUCUUGGUAAUGAUGACCAGAAGAGGGAAGGGCUGUUGGGGAUGUUUGCGAGGGAGACGCUGGUUGGGGGGGUUGGGAGGGUGGAAGAUGUGGCGGAGGCAUAUUUGUAUCUGAUGAAGGAUGGGUUUGUGUCCGGGGUUGUGCUGGAAUCGAGUGGGGGGAGGUUGUUGAAGUGAUUUAUUCAUUAAUAUACAAGUUUAUAUUAUAUUCAUUGAAUGUUCAUGUUGAUGCUGAUAACCCUAACUCCAAUCAUAACUUAUAACAUAUCAUUGAGUAGGAGGCCGAUAACUCCCCCAGAGCAAUCUACAUCAUCAGCGUCAUCAUCAUAUAAUACAAUACUCAAGAUAUAUGGUAACUCACCGACUCACAACCCCCCAAAGACCAGCAGAUUCCUCUCCUGUCCGUUUCGCCCAGCCAUGGUCGACGUUGUAUUGUUUGACGUCUUGGAGACCGGCGAAGAGACCUCGUCCGGAUGUAGCGUGACGAUGUUGCUGUUCAUUCCUGACCCAGAGAUCCGAGCCGAAGUCAUUUUGGGGUCGUGAUGUUUUGGACAUG